GUAUUGCUAGGAGCAUACAGUGCAAUGCAAAAAGGAAUUUUUGUCAGUUGCUCAGCAGGAAAUGAUGGCCCAUUUGAAAGUUCUUUAUCCAAUGAAGCCCCCUGGGUCAUGACUGUUGGUGCAAGCACCAUUGACAGAAACAUAAGGGCAACUGCCGUGCUUGGUAACAAGCAGGAAUUUCAUGGCGAGUCACUAUAUCAACCCAAGGAUUUUCCUCCCGCAUUGCAUCCUUUAUUCUACCCUGCAGGCAUGAACCAGAGUGAUUUGGACUCACGAUACUGCAACGCAGCAUCACUGAACAAGACUGAAGUGGAGGGAAAGAUGGUGGUUUGCCAUGUUGGAGGUGAUCUUACAGGAAUUGAAAAGGGGCAAAACAUCAAGGAUCUUGAUGGUGUUGGAAUGAUACUUAUUAACCCAGAAGAGGAUGGUUACACCACUUUCGCCGAUGCUCAUGUCCUUCCUGCUACCCUUUUAAGUUAUGCUGAUGGACUCAAGGUCAUGGCCUACAUAAACUCAACGAAAUCACCUGUUGCAGCGAUCUCUUUCAAAGGAACCGUCAUUGGACACAAUCAUGCUCCAAUGGUCGCUUCUUUUUCUUCUAGAGGUCCAAGCCGAGCAAGCCCGGGUAUUCUGAAGCCUGAUAUAAUUGGCCCUGGCGUAAACAUUCUCGCCGGUUGGAAUGAAUCCAUCGAAAACAACACGAAAUCAAAACUGAACUUCAAUGUGAUCUCGGGCACUUCAAUGUCUUGCCCUCAUUUGAGUGGUGUUGCUGCACUUCUGAAAAGUGCUCAUCCUAAAUGGUCUCCAGCAGCCAUUAAGUCUGCGAUAAUGACCACAGCUGAUCUUGUGAAUCUUGCGAAGAACCCCAUUGAGGACGAAAGGCAUCUUCCAGCAAGUAUUUUUGCAGUUGGUUCAGGCCACGUUAAUCCGUCUAGAGCAAACAACCCAGGGCUAAUAUAUGACAUUAAACCGACAGACUACGUGCCAUAUUUGUGCGGUUUGAUGAAUUACACAGACAAGGAGGUCGGUUUAUUAACACAAAGCAAGGUGGACUGCGCAAAAGAAUCAAGCAUACCGGAAGCGCAGUUAAACUACCCUUCAUUUUCAAUCAUUUUUGGAUCACCUGUUCAGAGGUAUACAAGAACAGUUACUAAUGUAGGUGAGGCUAAAUCUACGUACAACGUUAAGGUUGUUGCACCCAAAGGUGUUAAAGUGGCAGUGGUACCUCAUACUCUCAAUUUCUCGAAGGUAAAUCAGAAGUUGAUAUAUGAAGUUAUCUUUACUCGAUUGGAAGCGGCCGCUGAGGGGAUUGUGUCUCAAGGGUCUCUUUACUGGCAUUCUGCAAAGUACUCAGUCCGGAGCCCAAUUAUUGCAAUUGUUAAUGGGAAUUAA